CUGCUCUUGGCCGGGGGCACACAGCAGUCCCCCCUGCCUUUAGUUAGGGACAGACAGUCAGAAGCAAGCAGGUGUGUGUUGCCUGGAGAUGGCCGGGGCAGCUGGGUGGACGGCCUGACCAGACCGAGAUGGCUGAGGGGUCCAUUGCUUGGGGCGUUCGAUUGGCCCAGCAGGACUGACCAGCUGAUGGGCUGCACAGUUGGGGACCACUUCAGGUGGUCAGCCAGACAUUUGGGCCAUUGCUUGUCAGGACGGCAAAACAGGGAGCCAUUUGGACAUUCUCAGAGCCUGGGAUGGGUGCGUAGAGUCCACCGUCUGCAGACCCCAGAUGGUCACUCGUCCGGAGACAGCUGAAACUCGGGGACCCGGCCUCACGAUCCUCCCACCUGAGUGGGCACCAUGUCGGCCUCCCAGCUGGCAGUGCUGGAAGAAGUGGAGUCGGGGGCCAGGGAGCUGCCCCUGACCGAGGCCAGCCCUGGCUUCCUGUACUCGGAGGGCCGGCGGCUGGCGCUGGAGACCCUGCUGAGUGAGGGCGCCGCGGCUUUCGAGGCCUGCGUGCAGCGUGAGGGGCUGCAGCCCUUCCUGAGUGGGGACGAGGUCCGGGGCCUGGCAGCUGCCGCUAAAGAUCGGGCAGCAGCCGGGCUGGAGCCUGAGGGAGCCGUCGCCGACGGGGACGCGGGCAGCCUGACCUACUGGCCGGGGCGCUCCGAGGAGCCGGCGCCCGAGCUGCGGCUCGGCUGGCCUGAGGACACGGCCUGGAGAGGCAUCACGCGGGCCCAGCUGUACACCCAGCCCCCCAGCGAGGGCCGCCCGCCCCUCAAGGAGCUGGUGCGUCAAGAAAUCCAGGCCGCCUGCAAGCUGGUGGCUGUGGUUAUGGAUGUCUUCUCUGACCCGGACCUGCUCUGGGACCUGGUGGAAGCCGCCACCCGGCGCUGGGUGCCUGUCUACCUGCUCCUGGACCACCAGCAGCUGCCCGCCUUCCUGACGCUGGCCCAGCGGCUGAGGGUGAACCCCUGGAGCACCGAGAACCUGGAUGUCCGCGUGCUGCGGGGCUGCAGCUUCCAGAGCCGCCGGGGACGGCAGGUGAGCGGCAACGUGCGGGAAAAGUUUGUGCUGCUGGACGGCGACAGGGUCCUCUCGGGGUCCUACAGCUUUACAUGGAGCGACGCGUGCUUGCACCGCGGCCUGGUCACGCUGCUGACCGGCGAGAUUGCCGACGCCUUCAGCCACGAGUUCCGGACGCUGUAUGCGGCCUCCUGGCCGCUCCCGCCCGCGCCCACGCUGGGCCCCUUCGUCAGUGUCCUGGGGGGGCUGCAGCUGGCCCCGAGCCCGCACCGCGUGGCCCGCCGCUGCUCUAUGGCUCCGGCAUUGCCACUGCCCGACGACCCACCGGCCCGCCGCCCGGCCGCCUGCCAUGGCUUCCUGAGGGACAGGUGGGAGCCCCCUGGCACCCCAGGACCAGCGCUCAGCGACAUCCUGAGGAGCGUCCAGCGUGCCCGGCCCCCCAGCGGCCCCCCAGCCCGGCCCAGCCACUCUCUGUGGGACCUGAGCCGCCUGUCCCAGCUGUCAGGCUCCAGCAACGGGGACAGUGAGCUCAAGAAGUCCUGGGACUCCAAGGACACCCCUGCCAAGGCGCUGAUGCGGCAGCGGGGUGCUGGUGGGGGCCCCUGGGGCGAGGUGGCCCCCUGCCCACUGGCCUGGCCCCAGCCCCGGAGCGGCCCCCUGCCCCCGAUCCCAGCCCGCCGCCUGCGUUACCUGUCCCCGAGCAGGAGGAGGUUUGGUGAAGAUCCUCCCUCCAAAGCCCUGGACGGGGCCUCGCAGGCAGGACCCAGGGGCCGACCCUGAAGGAGCCAAGGCCAGAGCCGCUGGGCCGCCCGGGCCCGCGAUGCCCGAAGCCCCUGCCCUGCCGUGCCUCGGACAAGGCCUAUGGCCUCCAUGUGCAACGUGGUAGGGGCUGUCACAUCUUUACUUCUGGAACUUGAACGAGCCCAGUACCCACUCUAGGCCUGUCAAGAAAACGGGCGGAAAGUCUGAGAAGGCCUGGUGUGGGGUGAAGACGGGGAGUCCCUGGGACAGAUGGGGAGCCCUCCGGCCCCCUCUGUGCUCGGAGCUGGGGGCCAGCUGGGCUUAGCCUGAGAGAGAGGUGAGCUCUCGGUGACCAGGAAGGGGGGUGGUGCAGAAUAACCAGGACUGGAAAUGGUGGGGACACACCUGUGGGGGCGGGGCGGCGCCAUGGAGGACUGGGCAGGCGCCAGAGCAGUCUGUGGGCACUA